AUGGGCUCCCUCCACGACUCCCGCAUACACAAAUGGUUCGCAACGUCGCCGCCAGUGACGUGGACCAUCAGGCACUUGCGAGAGUUGCUCAUUGGCUCCCUUAAGCAGGGCCCGAUCCCCCAGCAUGUCGCUUUUGUCAUGGAUGGAAACAGGCGGUUUGCGCGUAAUCAUCACAUUGAGACUGUCGAAGGGCACAAUCUUGGAUUCGAAUCGCUGGCCAGGAUCCUUGAGGUGUGCUACAAGACCGGUGUCAAAGUAGUUACCAUCUAUGCAUUCAGUAUAGAGAACUUCAAGCGCUCCAAGCACGAGGUGGAUGCGCUCAUGUCCAUGGCCAAGGUGAAGCUGCAACAGCUAGCAGAACACGGGGCCCUGCUGGACAGAUAUGGCGCAUCUGUACGGGUGCUGGGCCAGCGCGCGCUCAUCCAACCAGACGUGCUGAUGGCCGUGGACAAAGCUGUUGCAAUGACUGCACACAACAAAAAAGCUGUGCUCAAUGUAUGCUUUCCCUACACAUCACGGCAUGAGAUAACGACUGCUGUCAUGAAGACGGUCGAGACCUAUGGGACGCCCAUUCACAACCUCCCUACACCCUCGAAACGCGCCUUUUCAGAGUCGCACAUAACGCAGCACAUUCGAAAACAAAUGCUCGAGGAAGACGCAGAUGCUGGAGCGGAGCAGCUUGACGAGCGGCUCUCUGAUGGCUCGAGAGAUACAACACUCGCCGAAGACGAGCGGUCUUCGUCGACCUCGACGGUGAUCAACCCAUCUGAGAAAGAUGAUUUGUCCUACAGUCCUGCCUUCCUCGACCCCGAAACAAUUACCGCACAGACGCUGACGGACAACAUGAUGACGGCUGAUGCUCCGCCAUUGGACCUGCUGGUACGGACGUCCGGCGUGCAACGGCUGAGUGACUUUAUGCUCUGGCAGUGCCACGAGAACACAUCCAUUGUAUUCUUGAAGUGUCUUUGGCCGGAAUUUGACUUGUGGCACUUUCUCCCUGUACUGGUCGAGUGGCAGUGGCAACAGAAGAAAUCGCUCGAAGGCCAUCAAUGGGGCCGAGGGCGAUCAAAGCUGGACUGA